UGACACCCAAAUUCCAGAGCUCUUAGCACCAGUAUGAAAGACUGCUGCUCAGAGAGAGGUGGUUUGGGGUCUAUUCUCUUAUCCUUUUCUUACCUCACUGCAUUUAUGUGCUAAAUACUCUUUAGAGGAAUGCAUUACAAGGGACUGUAAGCUGCAGGCAUGUCUGAGGGACCAAGAAAGCCAAAAUAUUCGGCCACACGCCGACUGCAUUUGAAGACUAAGCUGCUGAAAAAGGCAGCGUCUAUGCUGGUGGCUGAAGUUGAGGAGAAGAAACGUGAGAGAGAAAGAGCUCUGAGUGAAAGCUGCACUCCACUCAAGCUGUCUGGUCUGUCUGUCCAGGAGCUGCAGGACCUUUGCAAAGAGUUACAUCAAAAGAUCGAUGUUGUAGAUGAAGCACGUUAUGAUUUGGAAGUUAAAAUAGUCAAAAAUGAGAAAGAGAUCCAGACACUGAGUCAGAAGAUCUUCGAGCUCAAAGGUGCAAAGAGACCAAACUUGAAGAGGGUGAAGAAGUCUGCAGAUGCCUUGCUCACUGACACCAGCAAACUCAUGAAGGCCGAUUUCAAAGUUAACCUGAAGACAGUGAAGAAAGAGGAGGAGAAGAAAGAGGAGGUGACUGACUGGCGUAAGAACGUGGAGGCUAUGUCUGGUAUGGAGGGCAGGAAGAAGCUGUUUGACGCUAAUCAAUAGAAGAUUCAUGGUCCAGAUUCAGCAAGAGAUCUCCAUUAUAAGAAGAAACAAAACUGGUUUUGUAAAGAAUGAUGUCGAUCAUAUGGAUUUGUAGCUGUUUCGCAUAAAAAAAUCAGUGAAAACAUAUCUGAUUCAGCAGAGUGAUAAAUAAAGGCAUCACUGGGGCAACAGUGUCUCAAAAUAAUUGAAAUCUCAAUUUAGAUUUAUAAGUAACAAUUACACUAUAAGCCAGAGACAUAAUAACAUAAAUUGUACAGUACGCAGUGUUUUGCACUUGUAGGGUAUUUUUGCAAAGAAAAAAAGUGCAAAAGAAAAUGCUGCUUAGUUAAUGAACUUUAGUUAUAGGUGUUUUGUCUUUCUAAAGUGAGAAAUCUGUAUAGCACAGAUGAUGUCACUUUUUUGUCAACCGCAAUACUCAUUGUGGUGCUUCCAAUAUGUCUCUGUCAGUACUAUACUAGCCAUUAAAUGAAAAACAAGUUUCCUGCUAACUCAUUGUUAUGAAAAAUGAAGUAGUUUCUCAACAACAGAAGUAUUGAUUUUGUCAUGUAUUUGAUAUUUAAAACCACAUUAAACAACCAUGAAAGUU